CCGCCUCUUUCCAUCUCUCCCAGCCUCCCGUGUUUCCGCUCUUGUUGUGCGAGGAAGAGAAAUGGACACCAGCUGAACGUUAGAACUUUACAGGAGUUUGUUUCCAGCUUCGGUUUACCGCAACUUUUGUUUUGUGCGUGUUGGGACAUGAGGCACGGAGUUUCUACAUCAGAGCACAAACAGAGAAAGAGUUAAACACUCCGUCAGUCCCGCAGGAGUGUUUGGGCAGCGCUGUCGGGGUAAAGGAGCAGAAACUCGGGCUUUUCCCCGCUCUCCCCGGAAGCUGCGUUCAGAGCUGGAGAAGCUGAGGAUGGCGCGCGGCUGCCUGUGCUGUGUCAAAUACAUGAUGUUCCUCUUCAACCUGCUCUUCUGGCUCUCAGGCUGUGGUCUGCUGGGAGUAGGGAUCUGGCUCUCCAUGUCUCAGGGGAGCUUCGCCACAUUCUCUCCCUCCUUCCCUUCGCUCUCGGCUGCCAACCUGGUCAUCAUCCUGGGCUCCAUUGUCAUGGUGACGGGCUUCCUGGGCUGCAUGGGUGCCAUCAAGGAGAACAAGUGCCUGUUGUUGAGUUUCUUCGUCGUCCUGUUGGUAAUUCUGCUGGCGGAGUUGAUUCUGCUCAUCCUCUUCUUUGUGUACACAGACAAGGUGAGUGAGAACGCGCAGCAGGACCUGAAGGAGGGUCUGCAACUGUACAACACCGACAACAACAUCGGCCUGCGCAAUGCAUGGAACAUCAUCCAGUCUGAGUGGCAGUGCUGUGGUGUAACUGGGCACACAGAUUGGCACGAUGCCCUGCCUGACAAGACGGUCCCAGACCGAUGUUGUCAGGAGCAUUAUAAAGAGUGUGGGCGCAACACCAGCAACAUCUUCUGGUCUCAGGGCUGCUACGAGAAGGUUGUGGACUGGCUGGAUGAUAACAAACACCUGUUGGGUACGAUUGCUAUGUGCGUGCUGGUCAUACAGCUCCUCGGCAUGGCGUUCUCCAUGACCCUGUACCAGCAGAUUCACAGAGCGGGGAAGAAGUACAGUGCCUAAAGGAGAAGAACUUAAACCUUAUUAACAAAAAAAAAAAAAAAAACCUACAGCAGCCCUGAAACCUUUCUCCCUUUCUAGUCCACUCUACUUCCUACAUCGUUCCAUUUCUGGACACUCCCAAGAAUUAUAGACUGUGUGUCUAUGCAUUAAAUCCAGUACAAUUUUAUAGUGCAUAUUUGAAAAAAAAAACAUAUUUGCAAACACAUGUUAAGGAUUUGUUCUAGGCAGAAAUAAUCUUUGGAAGGAAGCAGAUGAAAUUUGGCUCCUCGCGUGCAGGAGGAUUAAUGAGGCACCGUGGAUCGCUGUUUGUACAACGCAUUUCCUCAUCGAGGAAAAGAUGGGAUUUAUUAGUCAAUGCUCAAGGCUGCUUCUUUGUACAAUAAUCUACCUUCUGUUUCUCUCACUUGCUCUCACAGACAUGCAUCGUUUCUUAUAUAUUGACUAUAAAAAGCAUGUAACGCAGAUCUCUUUCGAGGAGCUAACUGUAUAGUUGCGCACAUUGUUCACUUGCCCUGUUUAUCCUAUAAAUAGAUGAAUAUAAUCCUGUUUCUCAUGCCCGGUUGUACGUGCGUGUAUGCGUGGACACCGUGUGUGGGCAGAGAAAAGUUUUCCACCAAACUAACACUUUGCCUUUGGGCCACUGUGGAUCAGUUUGCUCUCUCCUUUUUGCUCUCUCUUUCUGUCUGGUUCGUUUGUUCUAACGUUCACUGAUCUUUUCAAAGUUGCCCUCCCCAGCCGAGGUGAACGAGCCAUCCGAGGGCAGAUUACGAGAUUCAGAGAGAAAUACAGAGAUCGAUAAAGGACUAGCAUCAGAAGAACAAGCAUAACAGAACUUCAAAGUCUGGAAAUUUUGGAAAUGGUCCACGUCUAUAAAGCUUACACACACUGAGCCAUAAAGUUCUUAAUCAUU